UCUUUAAAGGAGAGCUGAAUCACAGGACAACAUGCUGUAAGUGCGACAUGAAGAACGAUUCCAGGAGCUUCUUUUGGAUUCUGCCACUAAUGGUGGAAGAUUCAAGAUAUAAAACCUACAAUGUGAAGCAAGGACUCGAAGCUUUCUUUGAGUUACAACAAGUAUCUGGUGAUGACCAGAUAUACUGCAGCCGCUGUGAUGAAAAGCAAAAUGCAAACAUUAAAUGGGAGAUAACUCAACAUCCAGAUGUUCUGACCCUCCUGCUAAAGAGAUUUACCUUUGACUACAAGCUGAGGCGCUACGUCAAGCUUCACUGCAAAGCUGAUGUGCCUCAAACUUUACACAUAGAGAAAUAUACUUAUGAGCUCUACGCCGUGGUUAACCACUUUGGCAGUCUCACAGGAGGACACUACACCGCAGAAAUCAAAUCAUAUGAAAAUGGGCAGUGGUACUGCUUCGAUGAUGGACGGGUUAAAAGUGUCAAACUAUUUUUGGCUAAAGAAAACCCACUGAGCUCUUCUACAGCUUACAUCCUCCUGUACAGGAAAGUGAGAAAAGAAGCUCCAAAGACUGAUGGAAGUGAUCACGACGCUCAGUGUGCACAUUCAGACGUCAAGGCUGAAGGAAGGAGUCAUGAGACACACAGAGGGGACACUGCUUUUCCUCAUUAUCAACCAGAGAGAUAUGAUGACAAAAGGAAGGACAUUUUAAAGGGCUUCAACAGUGAUUUGCCAAAAAGCUGCCGUGAUGAUGGAGUUUUGGGAAAACUGAUGAACUUUAAUGGAGAACCGGAUAAACAGCCAAACCAAAGAGCAGCACGGAUAAACAAAACAACUGAACAUCAAAUGAGUAUUAAAGCAGAUGUUCAGUGGCUUGAUUCAUAUAAAAAGGCACACAUGUAUCCUGAUAUCAACAGAAGAGAAAAUUUGAGAACACACAAAAUUCAUGGGAUUCAGCAAAACAUUCCCAAAAGAAACACCAGAAGGUACGAGACACUUCCUGGGAGGCUACAAACAACACUGAUACUGAGACUGGAACAAAAACAAGUACACCAAGGAGUAGCCCAGGAAGAAGUAGACAGAAACCUGUAGACACAAAAGCUGAGGAAAAGAAGAAGGAGGCACUAAAAGAAGCAUCAAUACAAGGAAACAGCCUGUUAGACAGAGAAGGAACAGUUCUGUCACUGCUGCUGAUAAAAGGAUUGUAAUGGUUACUGUUGUUCAGUCCUGGACCCAACAAACUACUCCAAGAGUUACCGUACAAUCAAUGAAGCCUCUAAUUACAAAAAGUCAGUAAAUCAGACCAGAAAUUUAAACUCCUUAAACAGCAACAAUAUGAAAACACAGAAUGUUGUUACUAUAGACAGCAAACUCGGGACCAAACACAAGCAACAACAAACUACAAGCGAGACAGAGAAAAAAAAUGUUAUGAAAAAACCUUGGAAGUGAUGUUGUUAAUUGUGACAGGUAAACUGUGAUCAGGAAUGUAUUUGUUUACAUUUUUAUAUGUCAGUGUCUUUCUUAUUUACUAUUGGCUAAUGCACAUAGGUAAUCAUAGUUUUACAGUUUGGGUCUCUCCACAUGUUCUCUGUAAAUCCAAAUAAAUCACUAACAAACUG